CCAAAUUAAUUUCGUCAAUAAAACCUAAAAAUUAUUGCUGUGAUAAAACGUGGAGACAUCGAUUGCAUUUUCUUAUCAGCUUUAAAUAAUAUACUUUUUGUGAUUUUGUAGUGCUGACAGUUUUUUCGUCCUUUUUUAUUACUCUAUUUUAUUCUAAUAACUUUCAGCCCCUUUUUUUAAAUUUACCCGGUUGCUAUUGUAGCGCCACCCUUAUUUAGCAGAUUUUAACGGACAGUUUUUCACACACAGACGGUUCUACCCUCCAUAACUCCAUAUCAUCUACAUACGCUACCCAUAGAUUUGUUGAUUGAUAAUUGUUAUAGUUGAUAAAAGCCAACGUAACUUAUAGGUUAUGUAUGUACUCGAAUCGAUUUAAAUUUUUUAUUAACUGAGAGUACCUGAAAACUAUCUCCUUCGUCUUAAAGAUCUUAAGUUACCAAGAGCCAUAUAAACUAUUUCAAUACCAAAUUCUGUUGACAACUUCACAAUAUUUGAGUUUGUGUCGGAAUCGAAAUCAUUCAAGAUUUUGGUGUAAUUUCACUAAAGCCUUAGGUACAUUGUUUUAUUUGUAUUCGAGUUUUGUGAUUCCUGUGUAGUUUCCUUAGAAGGUUUUUGAUUGAAAAAAUGUCUAAUGUUAGCUAUGAUAUGGAUACAUCGGGAGGUCUUAUGCCGUUAAUAAAGGCCCUAAUUAAGCCUCCGGAUGAGGAUUUGAACGUCCCGAAGCCUAAGAAGCCUCAGCAUCCAUAUUACAAGAGGCCUGGAAAGGGUCAUAACCACGAUUCGUGCGACGCUUGCGGUGAAGGCGGAGAUCUUAUCUGUUGCGACCGAUGUCCAGCAAGCUUCCAUCUUGGUUGCUAUGAUCCACCUCUGGACGAAACUGACAUCCCAGCUGGCUUGUGGUUGUGUCGUGAGUGCCAUGCAGCUGAUGAGAACAAACCGUCAAGUUCACGUAGCAGUCGUGCUCAGUCUCCUGCUGACAAAUCUGACGGGGAGAAGAAGACUAGAUCCCUGCGAAAUAAUCGGACGAAUUCCAAAAAGAAAAGUAAAGAGGACGACGAUGAGGUCAAGAAGGAGACAGAGAGGCAGGCUGAAGCGGAGAAAGAGCUAUCUCCGAUGGAAGUGCUGGUUAAAGCUGCCAAGAUAAUGAACCCAAGGCAGUUUGAACUGCCCCGAGAAUUAAGAAUACCGUGUAUAUUUCCCGGUACUGAAAAAGAAGGCGCGGGCGAGGCGGGGGCGGGGGCGGGGGCGGGGGCGGCGGGCGGCGAGUGCUUCGUGUGCGGCGCAUCCUGCCGCGUCGCGCCGCUGCUGCGCUGCGACUACUGCCCGCUGCUGUACCACCAGGACUGCCUGGAGCCGCCGCUGACUGCGCUGCCCACGGGGCGCUGGAUGUGUCCGAACCACGUUGAACAAUAUAUCGACUGGAAGCUGGUGAACUCCAUCUCGGCGACGGAGCGGGUGGCGCUGUGGGACCGGUUCGCGGGGCCCGUGGACCAGCACGCCAUCAAGAUAGACUUCCUGCGCCGCGCGAGGAACCCCAACCCCAGGUUCAGAAUAAAGAUCCCGGCCCACGUCCGCGGGCGCGUGCGCGUGCCGCCCAUGGUCCGCAGCCACUACCGGCGCCCCGCCCCCCUGCUGCCGGCGCGGAGGGAGCACGUGCGCUGUCGGAACGUGUUAAAGAAUCUGGGAUUAUCGAGUGUACUGGAGAGUGAGGGCGAAGAGUGUCGGAAGCACACCAUCUGUAUGAACAUGGAGUGCCCGUCCUACAGCGGCGCCGCCCCCUGCCCCGCCGCCGCGCCGCACUCCCCCGCGCCCCGCCCCGCGCAGGCGAGUGCGAGCCCGGGCUCGUCGGACUACUCGGACUCGGACCUGGAGUACUACACGGCGUCAGUGAAGAGACGGAAGGCCACCGGCGCCGAGGACAAGGGGUUCGGCCGGCGAGCCCGCGCCGACCGCGUGCAGCUGCGCGCCGACGAGCACGUGGAGCAGCUGCUGGCGCUCGUCGACGAGCAGCUCAAGAAGCUCGACGAGAGACUCGUGAAGCUGCUCGCCUGGCAGCGGCUGCAGCAGGUGCUGGCGGGCGAGGCGUGCGCGGGCUGGUGGCGCGACGUGCCGCUCUCCCGGGCCGUGGCGCGCGCGCUGGCCAGGCACCUCACGCGGGGCGCGCUCGCCGCGCACGGGUUCCGUCACGUGUCGCUGCCGUCGGAGCUGCUGUCCCGGGCGGACCGCGAGCGCAUCGCCCGCAGCGUGUGGGGCGCCGCGCCCGCCCCCCGCCCGCCGCCCCGCGCCGCCCCCCGCGCCACCCCCUCCCCGCCGCCGCCGCGUGCGCGCGCCCUGUCCGACGCGUGCGUGCGGGCCACACUCUGUGCUAUCAACUCUAUGGACAGCGCGGGGCCGGGCGACUCCCUGGGCCGGCCGGUGCCCAUGCGGCUGUCGUCGCUGACCGUGGGCUCGGACAGCGGCUGUGACGUCACACUCGACCCCGCCCUUUGCCGGUGCGUCUCCCGGAACCACGCCGUUAUAUUCAUGGACGAGGUGAGCGGACACUUCGAGCUGAUCAACUACUCCGAGUUCGGCAGUCGCGUUAACGGCGUGCUGUACACGUGCGACCCCCUCGCCGCCGCCCCCGCCCCCACCCCCGCGGCGGACGACGCUCUGCCGCGCGCGCUUCGAGAUGUCGUCAAAGAGAAGGACUCCCCGCUCGACAGGAUAAAAGGUGACAUCACGGAGCCCACGUCGUGGUGCUCGGCGUGCUCGUGCGGCGCGGGCGCGGGGGCGGGGGCGGGUGCGGGCGCGGGCGCGGCGGCGGGCGCGUGGGAGGGCUCGGCGCUGGUGCCGCACGGCGCGCUGCUGCAGUUCGGGUGUCGCCUCUACGUGUUCAGCAUCACCGACGCCAAGCCCUUCCCCUACGAACAGAUCAUCACCGACCCGGCGCUGUAGCCGCCCCCGCGCCUGCUUGUCUAUCCCUUGACAAUAUUGGACGCUGUCAGAACCGGCUCGACUGUGCUCCAGCACCGCCCGGUCACCAACUUCAAGGAUAUAUAUAUUUAGCCUACCUAUUGUUGAUGCUAGACUUCACGAGCUCAUGGGGCUUAUUUAGGGAUUUCGGCAGUGAUGGGCAAAAUGUAAAAUAAAAAAAUAGAAGUUACAUUGAAGAAGUUGUCGUGGCCUAAGGGAUAACACGUCCGGUGUUCGAAUCCCGCAGGCGGGUACCAAUUUUUCCAAUGGAAUACGUACUUAACAAAUGUUCACGGUUGACUUCCACGGUGAAGGAAUAACAUCGUGUAAAUAAAAAUGAAACCCGAAAAAUUAUAAUUUGCGUAAUUACUAGUGGUAGGAACUCUUGUGAGCCCGUGCGGGUAGGUACCACCACCACCCCGCCUAUUUCUGCCGUGAAGCAGUAAUGCGUUUCGGUUUGAAGGGUGGGGCAGUUGUUGUAACUAUACUGAGACCUUAGAACUUAUAUCGCAAGGUGGGUGGCGCAUUUACGUUGUAGAUGUCUAUGGGCUGAGCCGUUAACCACUCAUCACCAGGUGGGCCGUGAGCUCGUCCACCCAUCUAAGCAAUAAAAAAAAAUUGUAAUAUGUAAUUAAGAUAUUUUGUAAUAGGUUACAUAAGUAACUAAUUACAGCGAGUAUUUAAUGUAAUUAGUUAUAAAGUAAUUCGAUUGUAAGUUGAUCUAAUUAAACUACAUAACUAAUCUAUUAUGCUAGUUGUUAACUUUACAAAAAAUGUCCUACUAAUAAUUUUUUUGACAAACAAAAAUAAACCACAUUUUAUAUACAUUUUUUUUAAUCAUCUGUAUCGUUUUACAUUUUUUUAAUCACUGGUAGGUUAAACAUUAUUUUGCUGAUUUAUAAUUUAACGUAACUUUUAAUACGACUCUUUUUCCCAAACUUUUCGUCUGACAGGCAGUUGGCUUUCGGACAAUUAAUCACAGUAGCGCACGUAAACACAUAUUUCACAGACUCAAAAGAUGGUAGAGGGCAUUCAAUUUUAAAAAUACUUUUUUCUUUCUUCUUCUAAAACUUCUUUAUGGUUUUAAUAUUUGAAAUUCUCUACUGUCUUCUGUCAAAAAAUGUCACUAUAAGUUGAGCUUUGGUUCUUGGCUCAUUGCUCUGGUUGUAUGAAUCCAAACUUGUAUCUAUUUCAAAAUAAUCGUCUUCCCUAGACCUCGUUGAAGGUCUUUCUGUAUCUCAGGUACAGAAUUUGACAUAAUCUUUAUAAUUUCUUUUACUAGUAAAUUCUUCAUUAUACAGCAUUCUGACUGACCAAUUAAUGAGGUGCAUUUUAACUUUUUAUAUUUAGGAUGUGAAAUUGCAGCUAAAGCAGCAUUUUCGGCUUGUGAUCCCGAAAAUUUCAAAAGAUCUGGUUUGCUCACUUUUUAGGUAAGUUUCAGUCAAACUGCUGCAAAACUCAUAGGCUCUUGUUUCAGCAGUUGCAUUUGUCUACUUUAUCUUCAAGGAGGGCAUUGCCGCAGUCUGCCGCGACAGGCUCCCUACAGGACGGGUACUCACGUACGUACAUUGAAACUCACGAAGUGGAGUUUUUUUAUUUAAAGCACUGUGUAUGUAGUGCUGCAGAUUUAUCUUUUAUUGUAACGAUUUUAUUCAAGGCAUCAUAAAGGCUAUUUCGUCUCGUCUACUGGCCCAUUAAAAGUGUGAUCGAGAAAAUUUUGUAAAAUUUCAGACGAAUUUGGUCUAUUUGCAGCUUUCUAUAAUGUUGUUACAUUUUUUUAUUGUUUGAUCAUGCAUUUUCGAUAAUUCAGUUUCCUGGUUUUCUAGGAUUUUAUUUGCGUCAGUGACACACGGACUCAACGUGUGUGCAGCGCACCUGAGUUUAAUGGCAAUUGUUGAAGAAAGGUUAUCUAAAUUUGUGAAUUCGUCAUGUGUACUAUCGGUACCGGAGUCAUACAUGACCUUGCUCGCGAUACAUUCAUGCGAUUUACUCAGAAACUUUUAAAGGCCCAAACAUAAUUGGUGCCACUUUCGGUAACACGCGCCACAAUAUUUAUGCUGGUUAGGCCAUAUCUAGAAAUUAUUUCUUGUGACAUCUCGUAAAUUUUGUUAUAACUAUGAGUGCCGAUAUAGCGUUGACAUGCUAAUGACAUUGAGACGUGCUUUAAACUGUGCGAAUCCAUUCAGUGGCUGUUUCACCUGGGCAGCUUCUCUGACGUCCAGACCAAACAUCAACUGUCGUACAAACAUCUAUUUACGUAAUUCAGUUUGUACGUUGGAUAGUCGCGGCGACCGUUCUAGCGACGAUCUUGAAGAACGAACAUUUUUCGAUCCUUUGCUUUUGCGAUAUGUUUUUCGUUUUAAAUGUGUUCUCACAUUUGAUGUAAAUAAUCUCGUGCCUUUUAUUUGUAUUUUAUUAGGCUGAUAUUUUUUGCAAAUAGCUACUCUUUUAUCAGUUCCUUGUGCAUCAUUACGAUGUACGAUGUAAUUGAAUACUAUUUAAUUAGGUUAGGUUGUAAUUUAGUUAUGUUGUAAUAAAAUACGUUGUAUUCAAUUCCUUGCACAAAGUAAUUUAAAUGGUAAUUAGAAUACAAAAGUAAGUAGUUACGCCCAUCAUUGGACUUCGGUGCUAUCUGCUCUAGCAAGUGCAGAGCCCCGCGGAAUCUGCCGCCAGCCCGGGGGCGCCCCCGCACGCGUGUACCUGCUGGUAGGACCUCUGGAGUCCGCACGGGUAGGUAACACUGCCCCCCUAUUUCUGCCGUGAAGCAGUAAUGCGUAUCGGUUUAAAGAUCUGGCAGUCGUUGUACUGUUACAAGUGAGACCUUAGAAAUCUUGUCUCAAAGUGGGUGGCGGCAUUUAAGUUGUAGAUGUCUAUGGGCUCCAGUAACCACUUAACAUCAGGUGGGCUGUGAGCUCGUCCACACAUCUAAGCGAUAAAAAAAAACCUUCCUACUGUUAACUCUCACGUUUAGUUAAUUAGUCAAUGCGGUCGUUGACGUGUCGGUCGGAGUGGGUCGGGCCGUGGUACUAUUUCUUUGUGUUGACGAUAAGUUCUGAAUGUAUUUUUUCAAUUUAUUCAGUAAGGUUUAAUAUCCAAAUUUGAUUUGUUUUAAUAAAUCAUUUUUCUUAA